CUGUUGAAAGACGACAGCUUCGGCGUUGACAUCCACUUCCUGCUGCACGGUACCUGUGCGCAGCGCAGCGGAGGGCGUGGAUCACAGCUCGCCUUACAGCUGUCUGCACUGCACGUAAAAUUAGACCCUCAGACAGUCGCACUGCUCCAGACAACUGAGGAAUCACUGGAGGAGAUGGAGCCCCGGCCCAGCCCCGGUCUUUGCUUUGGAAGCUGCACAAGGUGCAGAAAGCCGGUGUCCGGCCCGGCAGGAGCCUGUCAGGCUAUGGGACAUUUAUUCCACAACAGCUGCUUCACCUGCAGCGUCUGCAGUAAACCGCUCAGUGGGAAGCCCUUUUUUACAGUGUCAGGACUAAUCUACUGUGAAGAUGACUUUUUGUUUUCUGGAGUUCAUCCUUCUCAAGAAGUGUGUGACAGCUGCGGGUGUUCAGUUGAAGACUUUGUCCUGCAGGCCUGUGGGAAAUCCUACCACCCGUCCUGCUUCCGCUGUGUGGUCUGCCGACAGGAACUGGAAGGUCAGGCCUUCGCCCUGGACUCAGACUCCAGAGUUUACUGUGUCAGCGACUACCACAGGGUCCAGGCUCCUCACUGUGAUACCUGUGGGAUGCCAAUACUGCCAACGGAGGGGUCUACUGAGUCUAUCCGAGUUGCAUCAUCAAACAAAUAUUACCAUAUAGAGUGUUAUAGUGGGGAGGUUAACCUUAUUUGA